GCCAACAUGGCGGCUCAAGCUCAAGCUGGGUAUUCGUCGUAUUCCAAUGAGAUAAAGGAGAAGCUAAGUCUGUGGGAUGUGAAGGAUUCUCCUCUCGCACCAUUGUCAGAAAAGCAAAGAAAUAGUGUACUUGAACUUACUACAGUAGCAGGAAAUCGUCCUCUUUUAGACGAGUUACCUGAUGACGACUGCACUAGUUUACCUGCAAAGAGGACCUUGAGUGAAACCAGUAAAGAAGCUGCUGUGGACAUGGCAACAGUUGAUUUGGGAUCAGAAAAAAUAGAAAAUGCUCAGCAGUUUUUUGCUUGGUUUGCAAAUGUUGAAGCACAGAUGGAAGAGGAGCAAGAAUCAUCUUACAGAUCCUAUGCAGCACAGUUGCGUUCUUAUCGUGAUCAUUGUGACAGUAUUCUGAGUGAAGUGGAGUCAGCUUUGAAUCAUCUGCAGGAUCUACAGCAGAAGCACUUAUUGGUAUCCACAAAAACUGGGGCUCUUCAUGAAGCUUGUGAACAGCUUCUUCAGGAUCAGACAAAGUUGAUGAACAUGGCUGAAAGCAUCAGCAACAAGUUGUCUUACUUCAAUGCUUUAGAUCAUCUUAGACACAAACUCAACUCAUCCACACUGUCAGUGACAAGCGAGUCCUUUGUUCCAAUGCUGGCAAGACUUGAUGAGUGUAUUUCAUUUAUAUCAAGCAAUCCUCAGUUCAAAGAAUCCCAAGUGUAUCUUGUCAGAUUCAAACAGUGCUUGAACCAGGCCCUCAAUCAAGUGAAAAUGCAUGUUGUGAAUUUGCUGAAAAAUGCCACAGCACAGGUGUUGGCAAAUAAGGAAGGUGGAAAUUCUUCUGAAAGUUCCUUUGCUUUAUUUUAUGGGAAAUUCAGGACUUGUGCUCCAAGAGUGAAGAGUUUAAUGGAACAGAUUGAACAGAGGAGUCACUUAAGUUCUGAGUACAGUUCACUUUUAAGUGACUGCCAGCAGUGUUAUCUCUCUCAGCGUUCUCAACUCCUGACCCCAUGUGUUAGUGAUGCUAUUGAUAAACUGGCCAAGCAGUAUGAAAGAAAUCCUUGUUCUCUGGUUCGCGCUGGUUGUUCAGUGUUGAUUCGCGUCUGUCAGGAUGAAUACCAGUUAUACUAUCACUUCUUCUCUAGGCCAAGUUCAGGUCUUGACUCCUUGUUAGAAAUUUUGUGCAGUACCUUAUAUGAUUCGCUGAGACCUGUAAUAAUCCACAUGAAUCACAUGGAGACACUCACUGAACUCUGCACAAUAUUAAAGGUGGAAAUGAUUGAGGAUCAUGUGCAGCAAAAAGGUGAAGAACUAGCCGCUUUUGAAGUUGUUGUUCUACAGAUGUUAGAGGAUGUACAAGAACGGCUGGUUUACCGGGCACAGGCGUACAUUGAGAGUGACAUCCAGAAAUAUUCCCCAGCACCUGGUGAUCUAGCUUAUCCAGAAAAACUUAUUAUUGGGGCAGGGGAUAAUGACAAAGAGGAAAAACAAUCUGGAGAAGAAGAGAAGAAGUCUGUUGAGUUACCAGGAGCGUUAGCGGACCUUCAGGGUAUGUGGUACCCAACAGUCAGACGCACACUGGUGUGUCUCUCAAAACUCUAUCGGUGCAUCUCGAAAGAAACAUUUGAAGGCCUUUCUCAGGAGGCUUUGUCCCUCUGCAUCCAGUCCCUUAAAACAGCAAGCUCUCUUAUUGCUCAGAGAAAGGAUUCUAUAAACGGUCAUCUGUUCCUCAUAAAACAUCUGCUGAUCCUCAGAGAGCAGAUUGCCCCUUUUGAUGUUGAUUUUGCUGUCAAGGAAAUGUCGCUGGACUUCAGUAAAAUGCGGACUGCAGCAUAUGGUUUGUGGAGUCACAGCAACAGGCUGUUUGCUCUUAGUGGCAACAAUGCAUUGCUGGAAUUUUUGUUAGAUGGAGCGCCUCAGUUAACAGAAAACUAUCUGGAUUCAAAGAAGGAUGUUGAUGUUGAACUCAGGAUUGUGUGUGAGCAGUUUAUUCAAAAUGUAUCAGAGUCUCUCAUCUCUCCUCUGUCAGCGUUCUUGACCAAGGUAACAGUGAUUAAGAAUCUUGCCCAAGAGGAAGGAAAAGAUACUAAAGCAUUCCUCAAGCAACAACCUUUUGCAAAACCAGAGAAUGUUCGCAAAGUUGUUAGUGAGACUUACAUGUUACUGAAGUCCAAGCUCACAAGCACUCUACAAAGCAUGGCUUUGUUUUUGGCAAACAAAGACACAGAGUACAUUCUCUUUAAACCUGUCAAGGCUAAGGUUCAAGAAUAUUACAAACAAAUGAAUGACUUGGUGAUGGAAACCUACUCUGAAGAAGAUCAACAGAUCAUUGGAUGUCCAUCAAUUCAGCAGGUUUCUCUUCUACUAGCAGUAUCAUGAAAAAUGCUGAGUGGAUAAAGCACCCACAGAUCAAAAUAACUGUUUGAAAACUCCAGCUGGUUCAUUAAAUAUGAAAAUUUGAUGAGGAAUACUGCCUCAGCAAGUUGUUAAACCAGAUUGAAAAAUUAGAUAUUUAUUUAUUUAUUACCAAGAUUUCCUAUGCAAGGGCAAACUCUAUUGCAAAGAUGGUGGUAUUUGUUUGUUGUGUUUUUUUUCUAUAUAGUUACUUGCCUUUGAGCUUUCCACAUAUCAGAUAAAGAUAGAUAAAGCAAUGACAGAGAGAGGCAAGGGAAGUUACUUAUUAGGUAAUACUGUGAGACCCUUUCCUAAGAUCAACAAAUUCAUUUUCUGUACUGUCUACAUUUCUUUUAACUUCAGCUGCAAGAAUUUGGUGUUGAAUUUGGUGCUUACUCAAUAAGGGCACAAAUUAACAAUUAAUUUGAGGGGGGGCACUUAUCAGAGGGAGGGCAGUUAUUGGAACGAGGGUGCUUAAUAAAAUCAUCACAGUAUAUGUAAAUAUCUAUUAUAACAGCUAGUAAAUUUGUCUAAUCAAAUUCAAUUGCGUCAACAUGCUUCAUAUUCCUAUUGUACACACUCAUGACGUCAGCAAACAAAUCCCUUGAUAAAAAAAAAUUUUCCAUUGGGUUGAAAAUGUUAUAAAACAAUUGGUUCAUGCGUCAGCUGUGUGUUCGUUGAGAUAUGAAGCACUAGGGAAGUUUGAGUAGCACUCAAGAAGCUAGAGUUGCUCUCAGCUAAGCCUCGAGCAACUCUUACACAUCUUUGGUACUCUCCAAACUUCCCAAGUGCUUCAUAUCUUGAUGAACGCAUGCUGACGUAUGAACCAAUUGUUAAGUGUUGAACUUCUCACAAUGUAUUCUGCAUCAACAUUUUAUUUCUCUACCUUUUGUUAAAAUUUAUUUACAAUCCCAUUUACAAUUAUACCACAAUUAAGUUAGCAUUAUAUCGUAAGCUGAAUCAUACAUGCAUCUUGACUGGUUCUUCUUUGUAGAUUAGUGGAUAGAUGCAUAGGUGACAGCACUAUAAACAAUAUUUUGCCUUUUAAUCAUAUAAAACAAGUAAAUUCUGUGUUACCUCCUUGUUUCUAUGGUUGUGUACAGAACUUGAUCACUAGAAGUUGUCAAAUGUGGUAAGACCAUUAAUGACAUACUCAGCUCUACCUUGUCUGCCACAUAUUUGUUCUAACACAUUUUGACAUCUGUGAUUUAUUACUAAAAGGAUGUGGAAUCUCUUCGGGAAGUUAAAACUCCAUACUAAUGGACCCUUGGAAAAGGAAUACCACUUAAUCAUCCUUUGGGUCUUUUUCAAUGAAAGAUGAUUAAUAAUUAUAUUCAAUGACCACUCUUUUUAAAAUUCAGGCUUGCCCCAUUUCAAUCAGUCAAAUUAAAUAGCCUAUCCUUCCAGUACACACUGUAAAAUGUUCUAUAAUUCCAUCAACAAAAAUAAUUGUUUU